AUGGGUUCGUUGGGACUAAGUAGUGAUGGUGCUGCCUAUCGGUCUCGUGGGUACCAGCUCGAAAUGUUAGAGGCUAGCCGCAAAGAGAAUAUCAUUGUCGCGAUGGACACGGGGAGUGGAAAGACUCAUAUGCACGUUUAUAGUGCCAUUCUUCGGAUUAUAGAUGAACUUGAGAACUGUAAUUCUCCAGAUAAAGUGAAAAAACUUAUCUGGUUUCUUGCCCCGACUGUGGCAUUGAGCCUUCAACAACACGAAGUUAUCACUAGCCAGAUCCUCUCUGUGAAAACUAAAGUUCUAACUGGCCUGGAUAAUGUCGAUCGAUGGACUGAACAGGGUGUUUGGGACAAAGUUCUCAAGGAUGUCCGCGUGGUUGUCUCAACAUAUGCUGUCCUUGCUGAUGCUUUGGGUCAUGGUUUUGUUCGCAUGUCCCGACUUGCUCUCCUCAUCUUUGAUGAGGCUCAUCAUUGCACGAGACGCCAUCCGGCGAACAAGAUUAUGCAAAAUCACUAUCAUCCUACUCUGCUGAGGUCGGGCCCAAAUGCUGUACCUCGGAUAUUAGGACUCACUGCCAGCCCAGUGGUACGUUCGAGCCAGAACGAGCUUGAGUUAGUCCACCUACCCCGUGAAAAGUGUCUCCAGAAACUGACCACCUUCCCCAGAACAAUCGAAUCCAACUUGAACGCAGUAUGCAAGACUCCACGUGUCCACCGCAGUGAGCUUUUGGAAAAUACCCAUCGCCCUCAUCUAGAGCGUGUCAAUUACAUACCUUUUGAUGAAGCACAGUAUGGCUUUGGGAGCCGACUGCUUUCAUCUCUGAUAGAAUGCUGCAGGGCAUAUAACAUAGAAGAUGAUCCUUGGAUCGAUUCAUUACGAUCAAAGAGUCAGGCUGUGGAGCUGGCGAAGGCUCUCACUACAGGUAAAACCUUCUGUAGCGAGCAACUGAGGAUAUUCCAGGCGCGUAGCCGUCACAUUUAUGAGGAACUGGGAGGUUGGGCGGCGGACUUCUUCAUCGGCGCUUCAAUUGACCAACUUGAGCGUUCAAUCCAAGAUACAAGUGAGAUGUCACAUUUGGACCGGGAGGAAAGGAUUUACCUCUUGGAGCUUCUGCAUGCAAUACCUGCACCAAAUCUAGAUGAGGAGAGUUAUCACAUAUCCAUCAAGCUUGAAAUGCUUAUCAACUUCCUCGAAAAAACGGAUAGGCCUGGGUUUUCUGGGCUACUCUUCGCAAAACAGAGAGCAACUGUUAGUGUCUUGGCUCGCAUUUUAUCACUUCAUCCCAAGACCAGAGAUCGCUUCCAGUGUGCCGCUUUUGUUGGUUGGUCGAGCGAUAGAAAUCGCAAAGGUUGUCUCGGUGACCUUCUUCAUCGGGAUAUGCAACGAGAUACUCUCGAGGAGUUCAGAGCCGGCCGCAAAAAUCUCAUUGUCGCCACUGAUGUUCUCGAAGAAGGGAUUGACAUAAGCGCGUGCAGUUUGGUUAUCUGCUUUGACAAGCCUGCAAACCUGAAGUCCUUUGUCCAGCGGCGUGGGCGUGCUCGUCAUAAAGAAUCUACAUUUGCUAUCAUGAUCUCAAAUGACGAUGAGUUGUUGAGUCUUCAUAAAUGGCAGGAAUUAGAGCAAGCUAUGAUUAAAGCAUAUCAGGAUGAUGAGCGACAGCGUCGGGAUGCUUAUGAACUCGAAGCCACCCAGGAGGUCGUGAAAGAGAGACUCUUGGUGGAAAAGACCAGUGCUCUGUUGACGGCGGACGACGCAGUGCAGCAUUUGCAUCACUUUUGCGAUGUAUUACCAGUGGAUGAGUAUUCCGACAACAGACCAAUGUUCUCUUUUGAAGAGAACAGUAUGGGAUUACUUUUAGGUACGGUCACGCUACCAAAUUCUGUACAUCCGACGGUUCGACGGAUAUCGGGGAAAUCCUGGUGGCAGACAGAGCGGGCAGCCAGAAAAGAGACUGCAUUUCAAGCAUACAAAGCUUUGUAUUUUUAUGGUUUAGUCAACGACAAUCUCUUGCCAUUGACGCGAAAACCAGAGUUGAGAUUCUCGGAACAGACGACUCUUCCAUCUAUUAUCCCAGCUGCUGAACAGUAUGAUCCUUAUGUAGAGCUUGCACAAGGCUGGGCUGCGGGUCAACUGUGCCAGACACGCUUGAAGAUAUGCAGUAAUGGUUCUGUCGAUAACGAUUUGGCUGUCUCCUUAAUCUUGCCAAGAUUGACCCCAACACUGCACCCCAUUACUCUCUACUGGGAACCAGAAACCUCCUUGCAAGUCUACUUUGAUCCGCAAAUUUCGGCUUUUGAGACGACAGCAGAGACACUGGAUCAAAUGAGAAGGAUCACAGCCCUCUAUCUACAAGCUCCCAGCUCGCGCCAACGAGGAGAUGACCGCGACUUCGUGGCUCUCUUCGUCCCCGAUAUUUCACACGAACAACUGGGAGAAUGGCUUUCGGCGUACGAAGGGAAAGAGCCUGCAUUGGAAGUCUACUCAGGGGAUCCAACUUCGCCGCCUACGGGUAUCGUCCGUGACCAGUCAAAAUUCAGUGAGCCGCGGACAUUCAUUAAAUGGAUUGUUCCAGCCGAGGUAACGAAGUCAUCGCCUAUUGAAAUAGAAUGUUCAUCACUUCCCCGUCGACGGAAUUUCCUACAAGUGCAAGCGAUAAAUAUUGCCGAAGAUGCAGAGGCAGAUGCACCAAAGAAGUCUUACUUUGUACCUGCUUCAGCUUGCAUCAUCGACAAGCUCCCAGCAAAACAGGCCCUCUUUGGACUUUUUAUCUCUGCUAUUUUGGAUCGGCUAGAGGCAUCUUUGGUCGCACAUCGAUUGAAUGAUACCAUUUUGAAAGGAGUUGGAAUCCAAAAUAUCGACCAUGUCAUUACGGCUAUCAGCGCGCCCAUUGCGCAGGCCAGUACCAACUAUCAGAGAUACGAGUUCUUUGGUGACUCUGUUCUCAAAUUUACCGUUAGUUGCCAGCUCUUUUUCCGGAACACCAACUGGCACGAGGGGUACCUCUCAGAGAGCCGUGACAAACUUAUUCAAAACACUCGCCUUGCUCGUGCAGCUCUCGACACUGGCAUUGACUGCUUCGUCUUGACGAGCCGGUUCACUCCUCGAAAAUGGGUUGCACCGUUGAUCAGGAACAAGUUGGAACCAUCAACAGCCAAGAGAAACAUAUCAACCAAGGUCCUGGCAGAUGUAGUCGAAUCCCUCAUUGGCGCAGCAUACAUAGACGGUGGAAUACGUAAAGCGCAAGCCUGUCUCCAUCGUUUCUUGCCCGAGAUCGAUCUCUUCACAAAUGAUAUUUCACCCCUCAUCCUCCCAGCAGGCAAAGGCGUGAGCAACCUAAUCAACCACCAUCAGUUGGCCGGUCUGAUUGGGUACACUUUCAAAGAUCCAGCUCUUCUAACAGAGGCGCUCACCCACGCAUCCUGCGAAUACGAUACAUCAACACAAUCCUACCAACGCCUCGAGUUCCUCGGUGACGCCGUCCUAGACAUGGUCGUCAUGGUAGUGAUAGCAGCCCACCCCGUGGAAAUGGAUCAAGGUCCAAUGACAUUGCUCAAACAUUCCGUCGUGAAUGCGAACCUCCUCGCGUUCUUUUGCAUGGAGCUAUCCGCACCAGACGACCCGACCAACAUCGGCAAAACCAAGCAUGUACAGCACUGUGACCAGAUCCAUUUAUGGCGCUUCCUCCGCUCUCACGGCCCUAACAUCACAUUAGCCAAGAAAGCUUGUCUAGAGCGGCACGCAGGUCUCCGUGGUGAGAUCCGCGAUGCCCUGGAACACGGAAGCCAGUACCCGUGGGAAUUAUUCGCGCGUCUGCGUGCGGAUAAAUUCCUGUCGGAUAUCAUUGAGAGUGUGCUUGGGGCGAUCUUCAUUGACUGCGGUGGGGAUCUGGAUGUAUGUCAUGCAUUCGUUGAACGUAUCGGUCUCGUGUGGUAUAUCCAGCGUGUUAUUGCGGACGGCGUUAAUGUCGUUCACCCACGGAACAUCGCGCAGAAUAUGGUGAAGGGAGCAGGUACCCUAGUCUUUAAGAGGAAGAGGGUCGAGUCUGGAGGUGUGGCUACGUACCGGUGCUCUGCAGUGGUCAAUCAGACUGAGAUUGCGCUGGUAGAGGGUUGUGCUUCUGCUGAAGAGGCCGAGGUUAAGGUUGCCAAUGUUGCCAUUGAACACCUGACAUUUCACCCAGUGGUUUAG